AUGGCCCCCACUAGAGAAGGUGGUUCUGCUCCUAGAUCGAAGGGCAAAGACAAGACCAAGACCAAGAGCUCUCACCUUUCUGGCAAGAGGUUCAAGAAAUGCACAUCGUCUGUCUGGAAGUAUUUCACCAAGAAAAAGGAGGUUUCAGAGGUGGAGGGAAAGCAGUUUGAGCAGCUGUGGGGAUACCGCAAUUUCGCUAACUGCAAUCAGAGGUACAGAGCUGAGGGCGUAUGUGGGACAACUGCAUUCAAGAACCAUUUGAAGUCAAAGCACAAUAUUGUGGAGGGACAACAACUGCUUAAAGUUGGUAAGAACCCUGGUAGUGAAAAUGCUCAUGUUCAGCCUUUCAAAUAUGACCAAGAAGCUAGCUUGAAGAAAUUGAAUUUGGCAAUAACCAUGCAUGAAUAUCCUUUCAAUAUAGUUGAGCAUGAGUAUCUUAUUGAUUUCAUAAAAUCUCUCCGUCCUAGCUUUCCAAUAAAGUCCUGUGUCACUGCUAGGAAAGAAAUAAUGGACAAAUAUCUUGAAGAAAAGGAAACUUUGUAUAAGAAAAGGCUGAUAGAGUACUACAUGAAGAAGUUCUAUGGUGAUCAUUAUCAAGUUGAACUUGAUGAGUUUGUUACUGUGGUAAAGAAACUGUACAACUUUUAUGUUAAUUCUGCUCCUGCAUCAUCAAAGAAAAAUAAUAAAGGGGUUGCACCUGGACCUAGUAACACAAUUGAUAUAUUAAUGGGAAAUGUAGACCAUGACCUAGAAGAAUUCUUAUAUGAUGCAAGUGAACCUGCUAUGGUUGAGUCAAAUGAGUUGGAGAGGAAUAUUGUAGAACCACUUCUGAAAAUUGUUGGUGAGUUUGACAUCUUAGCAUGGUGGAAAAACAAGAGAGAACAAUAUCCUAUCCUUUCGCAAAUUGUUCGGGAUGUAAUGGCCAUACAAGUAUCAACAGUAGCAUCCGAGUCUGCUUUUAGUGCUGCUGGUCGUGUUGUUGAUCCCUAUCGUAGUCGUCUUGAUCCUGAGAUGGUACAGGCAUUAAUUUGCACAAAGGACUGGGUUGCUGUAGCAAGAAAAGAUUCUAAAAUGGUUGGAUCAAUUGUGACUGAUCUUGAGGUUGAGGCUUUGGCUAAUGUUGUGGCUAAACUGAAAAUUGAGGAAAAGGACAAGGAGGGGGAUGAGGACAAUGAGGAAGCAAAAGACAUGGAAAGUGAUCCUGACCUCAUGGAUGAUGUUGAUGAACUAUAG